CUCUUCCACUGCCACGCACAGCAGCUCCGGUUGACGACGCCUCCGGAGUAUCUCACUGAGCGGAUUUUUGUACUCAGCUUUUCUUUCCACCUUUAUGGUGAGGAUCAUUCCGAUGGCCGCCUCAAUACGACCUUCUCUAUCGUCGUUUAGGUUCUCCGCCACCUCGCGUUUCGCCGGCGUUUCACUCUUUCCAUUUCACCUUCCUCGCAGGCUCUUUUUCUCUCAUCUCGGUAGCGCUGUUUCACCCUGGCAAUGUUUUGGUUUGAAAGCUUCUAGGCUGUUGAGAGCGGAGAGUAGCAGGGUAAGAAUGCAACAGGGCGGGGUGGUACAAGCAAGCACGUCUGCUACCCAAGAGAACUUCUUAGAGUGGGUCAAACAGGACAAAAGAAGAAUGCUUCAUGUUGUUUAUCGUGUUGGGGAUUUGGACAGAACCAUCAAAUUCUACACUGAAUGUCUUGGAAUGAAGCUGCUGAGAAAAAGGGAUAUACCAGAGGAGAGAUACACAAAUGCCUUUCUCGGAUAUGGACCGGAAGAUAGUCACUUUGUCAUUGAACUCACCUACAAUUAUGGAGUUGACAGGUAUGAUAUUGGAACUGGAUUUGGUCAUUUUGGUAUAGCUGUUGAAGAUGUUGCCAAGACCGUGGAACUUAUAAAGGCUAAGGGUGGAAAAGUAACCAGAGAACCUGGUCCUGUCAAAGGUGGCAGUGCUGUAAUUGCAUUUAUUGAAGAUCCCGAUGGUUAUAAGUUUGAACUUCUUGAAAGGGGGCCUACACCUGAACCCCUGUGUCAAGUAAUGCUUCGUGUUAGCAAUCUUGAUCGUUCCAUAAAUUUCUAUGAGAAGGCCUUUGGCAUGGAACUUCUGUGCAAAAUAGAUAAUCCAGAGUACAAGUAUACAAUAGCUAUGAUGGGCUAUGGUCCUGAAGAUAAAAAUGCUGUGCUGGAGUUGACUUACAACUAUGGGGUUACUGAUUAUGAAAAAGGAAAUGCUUAUGCUCAGAUUGCAAUUGGCACAGAUGAUGUUUAUAAAACCGCAGAAGCGAUUAAACUUGUUGGUGGAAAAAUUACUCGAGAACCUGGACCCUUACCUGGUAUCAACACCAAGAUCACUGCAUGCUUAGAUCCUGAUGGUUGGAAGACGGUUUUUGUUGAUAAUAUUGAUUUCCUGAAGGAGUUGGAGUGAGUUAUUAAGGUGCAUCAUGUCGUGCCUACUUCACUCAAAUCCAAGUCCAGGACAGACUGAUUCUUGGAAGUUUCUCCAUGAGAAUGCCUCUUGAACCAUUUUGUAGACAAGUAUCUGCUAUCUUCCAGAGUAACCAUCUCAUAACUGAUAAGCCAUGAGCUGUAAAGAUCAAGAUGGUAGUUUAUUUUAGGUAAUUUUCUCCAUUUGUUUCAAUGAAAAUAAAAUCAGAAAUCAUUUGUGUAACAUUCAGGCAUUCAGGUACUUGAUAGGAUAAGCUAGUUAUAAGUUUACAAAAUAAUACCUACCCAAAGUGACCCAUGGUGGUUGGCCCCCCCAACAAAAAGGUUGUACUAUAGUAAAUCAUUUCUGAAAUAUUUCACAUUUGAAG